UGUAUAUCGAGUGUAAUUGUAUUUUAUCAAUGAAUAGUAUAAUAGUAGACAGUUGCCUGUACUAUAGGGCUAAUUUUCACCAUAGAGCAGCAACAACAACAACAACAACUAUUUGUUAUGGCAGAACGGAGACAACAAGCUCAGAAAAAGUUGGAGGGAGGUCCUUCCCUGGAUUAUGGCGAUGAUUUAAGUGAAGACACUCGUCUGAUGUAUGAAGGAUAUGCCAAAACUAUGGAUCAAACAAAGCCCAGUGUAAAUGAGAAGAAAAAGCCUGCCGAAGCCUCGAUGGAUGUAUGCAUAUUCAUGCGUAACCGCUCGGGGAUCCACAUGCAGCUAGACGAGGGUCAUAACGCCGAGGCAGAGGAGCUCUUUGAGAUUGUGGUGCAGGAGAAUAACCUCCCCAAGGAGUGCGAGGACGUCUUCAGUCUCUGGCUCGUAUCACCUAUUCUGGAGCUACGCCUAAAGAAGAAGCACAAACCGUAUUUCAUAGUGAGACAGUGGGAUGAACUGUGUUCACUGUACACGGAUGCAAAGGCAGUGGAAAUACAAGAAGAUGAACCUGUUUUGAUGUUCCAGCGAAAUGUGUUUUUCCCAAUAGAACAAGAACAAAAUAUUGCCCAUGAGCAGAUUCAAUGCCUUCUUUACCAUGAGGCCAAGUUCAACGUGUUAGAGGGCCGCUACAUUCUGGCCAGAAACGAGUACCACACCCUGGCAGGCAUACAGGCCCUGCUCACUUGGGGAAAGUACAGUCCACGAGACCAUAUCAUAGAGACAUACAGAGCCAGUCUAUACCAGUUCUAUCCAGAGCAUAUGUACAGAAAGCCGUCUGUCAGCUUCUUCAAGAAGAAGACGGCCGAACCAAAAGACGACAUAGAAAACCGCUGGCUGGAUGCCCAUCGACAGAUCUCUCAGGAAUUUGAGCAUGAAGACAUUGACAAAAUCCUUGGCACCUUGUACAGGAGAUAUAUGGAGGUCUGCUGGAAAUAUCCCUUUUAUGGGGCUGCCUUCUUUGACAGUUUUAUCAACAAGCCACUGGGCAAGCUGGGUUUCCUAAAGAGGAACCACAAUAUCGAGACCUGGGCGGCCAUCAACACCAAUGGGGUCACCAUCAUUGACAGGGAGAAAGAUGAGGUGUUGUUGGCCGUGCCGUUCACAGAGCUGUGCUGGGAGUACAUAGAGCCCCAGUUUGACGUGGACGACGACGCCUUCCCCGCGCUGCUGCUGCAGUUUCUGGUCACGGAGACCAACCCUGACUCUGGGGCCCCACAACAGGUCACCAAGGUCCUCCAGGUCUACUCCAGACAGGCUCGAAUGAUGAAGGCACUGAUAGAGUCGUGUGUGGAACGCAAGAAACACAUGGGCGACCAGGUUGAUGGAGGGAGCGACACUGACUUCCAAUGGGGCAUCAACAAACUUGACAGAAUGUGUCUUUCAACGUUUUCCAAAUCAGGGGAAUGUUUAGACUAGUGUCAGCAGAAACUACAAAACAGAGAAUGACACAAAGAUCAUCGACGUCAAACUCAUCAGAAUUCCAAUCAUCUUAUUUUUAUCUUUUGUAAUUAUUAUUUUUUUAUUCCUGAUACAGUGAGUAUCGUUGGCCUUCACCUAUCAAGACUUCAUGGCAAUUUAUCUUAGAUUCUAAUAAGAUCUGACACACUUUUGGUUUGAUUUUCUGAACUUCGAGGUAGUGAUUUUAUUGUUAUCUUAGAGGUAUUGACUUAGACAUUAUAAUUAGUCCCCUACCGGUUUGCGCUCUUGUGUGUCCGUCAGUCAGUCAGUCAGUCUGUCACACUUUUCUGGAUCCUGCAAUAACUUUAAAAGUUCUUAAUAUUUUUUCGUGAAACUUGAAACAUGGAUAGAAGGCAAUAAGGACAUUAUGCACGUCAUUUCAUUUUGUUUCUACGUAAAAAAUUCUGGUUGCUAUGGUAACAAAUAAAAUAAAAAUAUUCUGACAAUGGUGGAGCCGGUAGGGGACUUAAAUUGCUUGACAAUAGUCUUGUUUAUGCUGCACUGCACUAUUUAAAAUAUCAACAAUUGUUUACAGUCUGUAAUUAUGAGAAAAACCUUGUGUUAUUUUUAUCAUACAUUUCAAAGGCAAACCUUGUGUUGUUUUGAUCAUCCAUUUCAAAAUCAAUCAAACCUACAAAGAAGUUGUGGCAUAUUAAGGGUUAAUACUAGAAAUCCUUGUAUAGUUAACUCAAUUAUUCAAUGUUUUCAUUCUUGUUACAUCAGUUAACAACAGAAAUUUAGUCCCUUGUAAGAACCAGUUAUUCCAUUUAAAAUGUAUAAGCAGUGUAAGUAAGGAAGGUCAAUUCUGCUUGUAAUGUGGCUUAUUUUUUUUUACAUUAAGUAAAAUACUUUGUAACUUAUUUAUUGUAUGUACCAUUUUGCAUCUUUUAAGGUUAGGGAAUCACAGGUAUGCAAUAAAAUCAUCAUUCUUUUGGAUGUUCACAAAGCGUGUUUACAAGCAUAUUUUUUUUUACAAAUCCAUUAUCAAUUUAGACAGUAGUAUUUAUUUGUUGUUUGUAAUUUGGACUCAUAAAAUAUUGUUAAAAUGUGUGUGGUAGUAAGAAUAUGGAAUUUAACCAAUCAAUUUGAACAACAAAACAGCAAACGUCAACAAUAGGCUUUAAACAUAAUUUUUCACAAAGAAUUAAUGUUGACAUAUUUGUAUGAAAUAAAAGCUGCUCACAAUAGUGAAGGUCUCCAUUUGAUCUACCUGUAAUCUAAAUGUUUGUCUAUGACAUUUUUAACAUUUUCUAUUAAAAAUUUAAGACAAAAGUAUAUUUUAAUCACCAAAUUCAAGCUUUUUUUAAUGCUUCUGUUGUAUUUUUUUGUCUACAAAAGACGUUGUUCCAAUUUCUCAUAAGAUGAAUUGCAUUAAAUCAAUGGUGUUGAUUGGUCAGGGUAAUGGUUGAGCAUUCAGAGGCAAUUGGGAUAAUAGUCUCUUGUUGAUAUUCUUGGUUACAUAAAUAAAUAAAAUAACACAUAUUUACAUAGAAGGCAUGUGUUGACAUUCGU